UGAUGUUGCUCUGGGUCAUCGCAGGAACCGACCAGCCCUUCGCUCUUUCCUCUGCUCCCCGGCGCCACGGCUGCCCCGGGGUCACCAUGAGGCGUCUCGUCUGGCUGCUGUUCCUCCCGGGCUUCCUCUGUCAAUGUGACCCACCUGUCAAGGUCCCCGAGUCCCUGAUCGCUUGGACGGGGGCCUGUCUGUCCAUCCCGUGCCGCUAUCAAUCCUGUGUCGGGACCCCCAUAAGAACAAACAAAGUGAUCAUCAGCUCCCUGGCCUGGUACCUGAACCCUGUGUAUGACUCUGAGAAGAAAGAUUACAGUGGCACCAUCCUGUAUAAACACAACGCUGCCAUCAGCCCGGCCUCCACAGACCGCGUGAGGUUCCUGGGGGACCUGGAGAGAAAUUGCAGCCUGCAGCUGUCUGACCUGCGUGCCAGCGAGACCGGCUCAUACGGGCUGAGACUGAUCAUCUCGAACCCCAAGCGGAAGCAGGAGGAGAAGAAGUCGAUGACUAGGAUCAGUGUGAAUGUGACAGCUUCACCUCCAGCUCCUCAAAUCCAAGCACCCGGCGAGCUCAGGGAGUCAAUCCCGGCCCAGGCAGUUUGCUCCAUAGCCUAUUACUGCCCCGACUACCCCAUAACCCUGACGUGGGUCGGUUUGGGGCAUGGAACCCCUGAGCCCGCCACAAGGAUGGAGAGUGGAAGGACUCAGAGCUCACUGACUUUCACGCCCACCUGGCAGGACCAUGGGACAAGUUUAACCUGCCGGCUCAGCACCCCGGCUGGGACACUGAGCUCCGAGAGCAGCGUGGUGCUGGACGUGAAAUAUGCCCCUCAGGGAGUCCAGGUGAAAGCGACACCCGGAGAGACCAUCCGAGAGGGGGACAGACUCGUGCUGAUGUGUGUAACCAAGGGCAGCAACCCCCCCGUCUCCACAUACAACUGGUAUAAGGACUCACAGUGGCUGCACCAGGAGCAGGAACAGAGGCUGGAGUUUGAAGCCAAGGGGGACGAGCAUUCCGGUUCCUAUCACUGCCAAGCCACCAAUGAAAUAGACAUGGUUCCAUCCCCAGCACUGCGAAUAGACGUCCAGUACGCCCCAAAGGACGUGCAUGUUGAACUGGUGACCGGCUCUCCAAUCCAGGAAGGGACCACGGUUGUGCUCAAAUGCUCCUGCAGGGCUCAUCCGCCCGUCAGCAACUACACAUGGUACAGAAACGGGCAGCACAUCCCAGAACAAACCCAGCAGGAGCUUCGCUUCGACAAGAUCCAUCCCAACCAGUCCGGUUCCUACCACUGCGAGCCUCAGAACAGAGUCGGGAUGUCGGAGUCGCCGGCCAUUACAAUUGAUGUACAGUACACCAUCUCCGCCCAGGCACAGGAGCCGUGUGGGGAUUGCUACCAGAUCCAGACGCCCGUCAUCGUCGGCCUGGUGCUCGGAGACCUCGUCUUCACCCUGCUCCUCAUCGCCGCAGUGUAUCACUGCACCACACGCUGCGGCAAACCCAGGGACAACAGCGAAGACCAGAAGGUUUAUAUGAACAUGCCUGGAAGAGUCAACUGACCCUCCCCCCCCGACCCCAAGUACUUAGCUGAUCCCACUGCUGACACCAUCCUCGCCACCGGGGGAUAGACAUUCUCAGCAGAUACCAGCACUUCCUUGCCCCAACACAUGGGACACGGGGCCUUUCCCCUCUGGGGGCCCUGGCUCCAAUCCAGUCCCAGGUCGGGGGACUGGCUGGCUUGGCGGCAGAGGGGGUGGGGUGAGAAAUGGGACACGGGGGGUGCCAGCUUGGGGCGGGGGCUGAUGUGGUCAGGGAUUUGGGGUGCAAGCAGGUGGACUCUUGGCUCCCCACUGCCCCCUGCUGUUGGGUGACAGAAUCACAGGCCCUAGCCCCAGUUUGGGUGCAGUCGGGGGUUCCCAGUUUCAUGGCCAAUCCCAAGGGCUUUCCCCAUUUUGGGGGUGAAUGUAAAGGCAGUCGAUUUGGGGGCUCAUUCCCCUUUGGGGGGGGGCUGAGCCCUGGAGGGGGGACUCUGGGACCAGCUCAGGGGGUGCAGAAUUUAGCUCCAUUCUGAGCAGGGGAAGGGCAGGAUCGGUGGGGGAAACACCCCGAUUGCCAGAGGGACACCCCAGAUCUGGGGGGGGGAAGCUGGUGGGGGCUCACAUUGGGGGACAAUGAAAGGGAGCCAGUGAGCUCCUGGGCUAACGCUGAGGGAGGGCCAACUUUUGGGGGUGCUACCCAGCCACCCCCAGGGAUGGGGGGAGGAAACACAAGACACCCCCCUCUGCCCCCACCUGACCCCCAUCAGCCCCAAGUAUCAAAGGAUUUGGAGCUAGAAGCCGCCUCCCUGCUUCUCUUCAUCUUUCCCAUUAAAACAAAUGGGGCCUGUUUA